AUGAUUAAAUUAUUCUCAACAGCAUUCAGACCUAUUAUAAUAUAAUAGCGUUGCUUUUAAAGAUAAUAUUUCUAUAAUUUUGCUAAGAUUAGUAAGAAAGAUUAAGAAAGAAUGGAUAAAAAGUAAGAGAAGUAAAAUCUUGGACUUUCUAAAACAAUUGAUUUUACAGUAUACCAAACAAAGUUUGAUCAAUAUGCUUAGAAGUUUUAAGAAUAACUAAAGAAGUUAUAAGUAGGUAAAUUAACACCUGAAAUGCUGGAUAGAGUUUCAAUUUAAGCAUAUGGUGAAAAAUUACCUUUAUCUUCUUUGGCUUAAGCAUCAUAAAAAUCAUAAGGAGUAUUGAUUCUAAAUGUGUUUGAUGAAUCAACAAUUAUGGAUGUUAUGAAAGUAUGGAUAAUUUCAUUCAUAGGCUUUAGAAAAUUCAGACCUUAAUUUAUAAGUUAAGAAAUAAGACAAAUAAAUUGUCUGUUAACUAGCAUAAGGCAAUACUAAAGAGAGUAGAAUGAUUGCUGUUAAUAAUUUGAAGAAAUUAAUGGAAGAUGCUAAACAAAAUUUAAGAUAAAUCAGACAUGAAUGCAUUGAUGAUGUAAACAAAUAUUUAACUUAAGUUAAAACCUUAUAAAAAAGUAUCAUCUGAAGAUACUAUGAGAUAAGUUGAAAAAUAAAUAUAAGACUUAUUUGAGAAGUAAACAUAGUAAUUAGAUUCUUUAUUUAAAUCAAAAGAGAAAGAGUUAUUGAAUAAUUGA